AUGGGAACUUUUCCGUCAAAGGCAAUCGAAGGUGGCCUGAUUCCUCAUCGAGAAUUUGAACAACGACAGCCAUCUGAGAUAGAAGUAACAGAUUCAGCAAUGGGCGAUAGAUCGGACCUCAACGAUUUCUUGGAGGCCAACAACUGCAUGCUUAAGAUGGUGCGGAAAAAAUAUGACCAGCAUGACGAGCUGAAAAGGCAAAAUCGUGAUUUGAAAAAGAGAAACGAAGAGAUUAUGUCUCAAAAUGAAAACCUAAGGCAAAGGUAUGUGGAAUACUUUUCAAUUUACCGGUAAAGCCGCUUUACAAAGUCCCUAGCUAAGACCUUUGUGAGACUCAGAGGAGGAAAGGAACGUCGUUUUGGAUGCAUUGCUUUUGUUCAUGUCUAAGUCCUGUGUUCACUCUCGGUUUUAUCGAAUCAAUCAUUUCUUUUAAACAAACAGGGUAAGUAACGAUUCUGAAAUGAAUCAUCGCAGCUAUCAAAGCAGUUCUGAAGAUGUUACAAGCAGGAACAAACGAAGUGAUGUCUUGCAGAAGUGCAAAAUAUUGGACGGGGCCAUUCGACGACAAGCAAUGGAAGUGUUUGGGAAGCAACCUGAUAGGGCAGAGAACUGGUACAGAAAGGAUUUGACUUGCCGAAUAUUUAUGGUACGUCAUUAUUUUUACACGAUCUAAAAUAUGCCGCCCGAUGAACCUCAAAAUAUCUACAGCGAUCAAACAAAACAAUUCAAAAGCGAUACGUAAAUAACCCAUUAUUUUUAAAGUCAUUCAAAAAGAUUACUUGAAAAUCUUGUGGUCAGGCGUGCAAACCGAAUUACCAUUUGUUCUAAGACAAAUGUUCAUGUGUGCUUAACCGAGAAAGCAAUCCUGCGCUUUAUUUCUAAAUAGAGAUCAUUCCUUCAAUUCAAGAUGGCGGAGGUCGAGUUUUACCAGUCUGAAAGGUUAAUGAACGCUUGUUAGUAAGGCUAUAGUAUGAUAAUGGACUUAAUAUGAGGAGAGAAACUUAGCAUUUAUAUGUAUACAGAGUCAGUACUGAUUCAGAGCUGCGUGGUUUGGCAAUUGGGAAUGUGUGUGAACCACAAAUGGGAUGUGUGCUUUAGGAUCCUAGGCUUAUGCGUUUACUGUAUCUUAAACUGAUGCGAGUCUCCUGUGUUUCAUAACUGAGAUGGCUUUAUCCUUGUUUGAAGGUUUUUCCAUGAUUGCCUCUUUUUUCAAAAAUCUGAAAGAUGUCAAACCUGAAUUGAUGGCAUAUUCAAAUCAUGUGUGUCAUCUAUGUAUCUGUUGUUUAAUUAGAUUGCUUACGAACUUGCGGAACGCACAAAAGAAGAGUUCAUCCAACAGGCUUUACCGAGGUUUUUUCAGAGCGCACCCUUUGUAGGAGUGCAUUUUAAAGAAACCUCCAUGCAGGUGAGACAGGACAAAACCCAGAAUCGAGCCCGGGCCUUUCUUACGCUAACCUCUGUCCUUUAGCACUAUACACUACCAAACACCCAAACAGAGAAGUGCAUAUUAUAAUUAUUAUUUUCACUGUUUUUCAUCACCAAGACUUUUAUAACAGAUGACAUCUUGCUGUUUCCCGAACUUUUAAUGAAGAUUCAACUUUGGCUUAGGCUUUUUAUGUCCUAUUUGUAACAACCCUCAGUUGUAGAUCAUUACAUCAACUCAAGGCUUGGUUACCAAUGAUAGCAUACCGUUUGUUUACGAAUGGAAGAUAAACGUCGGGGGGGGGGGGUGCUUUGUGGACUAAACAAAGUAUUUUGUACGCCCUUCAGUUCUACAGAGUACUGAAUAUCAUAAUGACAAUAGAAGAAUAAUAAGAUAGGUUAGGCUUGUAUGCUCACGAUUGAUAUAAAGCUUUAUUUCUAAAACAGGCAAAAAGGAUCUCUGAGCAACAAAUCUCUGAGGAAAUGCAACACUUACUUUCAACCGACUCCUUCAAAUUCGCAAGUUCUUCUGUUUUAAAAGAACUUGCAGUAGAUUGUGAUCUAACAGACUUAGAGGAGGUAAUGAUUUUUUUUAUUUGGACUCUAAUAGUAACCGAAAUUCUCGGAGGCACUUUUAUAUCUGUGUAUAUCAGUAUGUGCAUAUAUAGAUAUAUAGAUAUAGAUAUAUAUAUACCAGUUGAUGCAUAUGCACGCCUAUCGGCAGAGUGCUCAACAGAAGGACUAGCUAGAGCGUAGUGUAAUCAAGGAUGUCUGGUGUCAACGUGAGAUUUGACUUGGGCAUUUUUACUACUACUUAGUUUCGUACCGCACGGUAUGUACACAUACGCUAUAUAUAUAUUUUGAGUAAAAUCCAGCUAGUGGUCUAUUAUCAAUGCUGCGUUGUGAUUGGCUGAGCUACUACUAGGCUAUAUGUUAUAGCCCACUAGUAGUGAAAAGCGCUGACUUUUUGGCGGCAAAAAAGGGUUAAAGUCUAGCUUUAAAUAGCUAAAUUAUUCUCGAUAUUUUUGACCAACUAGUUGGAUUUUACUAAAACAAUUAUUCCUCUCGCACUCAUGGCCUCUGAGUCAAUAGCCCAUGGGCUAUUGACUCAGAGCCCAUUCAAGCUCGAGGAAUAAUUGUUAAAUACACCUAUUUCAAUUAAGGUUGCUCCCAUGAACCAUGUUUCAUAGCCUUCAGUGCACUAUGGUAAACCCUUUUGUAGAGGGGAAGCCUGGGGGGUACUUAAGGAAUUUCUGGGUGGGGAUGUGCCGCUGGCACCCUGGAACCCUUAACCUAUACCAGAGCUAGUUCAGCUGAAUUUUGUUACCCUAUACUAAAGUAAACUCCCCAAGUCCCCCUAUCCUAGAGUAGCUGUUUUCCAGAAACUUCUGAGGUCACUAGCACAGUCUAGCCAAAACAAAACCUUAUACCACAAUCCCUAGUCUAGAUAAAAUCUUCAACCAACUGAUCAGUUUCCUCAAAAAUGAUACCCUACUCUAGACCCAAACUCUCUGAUUUAUAUACCCUAUCCUAGAGUAAACUGCUUGAAAACCAUACCCUUCACGGUGGCACAUACCUAUAUAGCCCACAUAUGGCAAUACCUUCCCCCUUUCCCCCCGGGCGGGAAGUUCAGUCUUGUUCACGUUCAUUGAAAUCAUAUAAUGGAGACCACUUGUGAGAAGGCGUUCAAGAGAGCUUUCAAAUCGAAUGGCUGCUACAAUUGUUAAGAAGCAUGAGCGAGCUGAAGAAUUUCAUUUUUAAAAUCUCACAGUAAGAAAUUAGAAGCCUCUUCUUUUUUAACAACAUUAAGGUGGCUCCGUAAUUAAUACUGGAGCAUUUUGCCGUGACAAAUUUUCCGUCAUAACUUUUUGGUUUUUAACGCGAUGGCUGCGAAUCUUUGCAAACAGGAACAGAUAUCUUUCGGCAAUAAUACGAAAUAUUCCGAUUUCAUUGAUGAUAAAUAUUUCUUGAGAAAUUAGCGCUUAAAAGGACCCUACUGUUCAAAGAAAAUCGCGUCUAGUAAAAAAUUUUGCUGAUAUUUUUUACUGAAAUUUCUGGUAUCGGCUUUAAUUGAUAUAAUAAAUAUGCCAGAGGAAUUUCAGAAAAAUCGUUGGAGCAGAAGUCCGUAACUAAAAGUCGCUCAAAAUUCAGCUGUGAAAUUGUUUUGGAAUUUCAAAAAUAAAUUACUAUCAGGUAGAAGGAGCCACCAGUUUGAAUUUUCGGGACAAGUAAAUUCAACGUUUGCUAAUUCUUAAAACAAAAGCCGAUUGCCUAUCGUGCUAUUCUUUAAAAGGUACUUUUUAGUUUUAGAAGCACUAUAAAUUGCUCCAAACCUUGCUCUGAAGUAGAAUGACUUGUUCUUCGACAGUUUUAAAAUAUCCCUUGGCAGUUUUGGCUCAAACUCCUGCUGCAUACAUUUUGAUGUAUUGCAAUGCAUUUUCAACGACUUUUACUGCUGUUCGUUGCUUCCAACUCAGGAAAAAAGUAUUGAGAUUGGACGCUACCUCGUAUCAGAGCUCAGAUAGAACUGUCCAGCACCUUUGUUUAUGACUACAAAAUGAGCACGAGCGGCAGUUCUGCGAGGAAUUCGCACCUCACCCAGGGGGGACGAACGACAAUGAUGACCAUGCCUGUGAACCGAAUAACAUCACAGUGCAAAAUAAAAUUAUCGCAAAAAUACUGCCCGUGAAUAAAUUUACAACUCUGAAAUUUUUGUCACUCCUUCCUUCAAUGAAUGGGUAUUUUUUUUCUUGAUUAUUAUGUUUUGCUCUGCAAUACAUGUUUAUACAGAUCGGUUCACAGACAUGGGCAUCAUUGUCAUUCGUCCCCCCUGGCUGAGGUGCGAAUUCCUCGCAGAGCUGCCGCUCGUGCUUAUUUUCUGGUCAUAAACAAAGGUGCUGGACAGUUCUAUCUGAGCUUCGAUACAAGGUAGCUUACAAUCCCAAUACCUUUUUCCUGAAUUGGAAACAACGUACAGCAGGAAAAGCCGUUGAGGAUGCAUUGCAAUACAUCAAAAUGUAUGUAGCAGGAGUUUGAACCAAAACUGCCAAGGGAUAUUUUAAAAAUGUCGAGGAACAAGUCAUUCGACGUCAAAGCAAAGUUUGGAGCAAUUUAUAGUGCUUCUAAAACUGAAAAGUACCUUUUAAAGAAUAGCACGAUAGGCAAUCGGCUUCUGUUUUCAGAAUUAGCAAUCACUGAAUUUACUUGUCCUGAAAAUUCAAACUGGUGUCUCCUUCUUCCUGAUAGUAAUUUAUUUUUGAAAUUCCAAAACAAUUUCACAGCUGAAUUUUGAGCGACUUUUAGUUACGGACUUCUGCUCCAACGAUUUUUCUGAAAUUCCUCUGGCAUAUUUAUUAUAUCAAUUAAAGUCGAUACCAGAAAUUUCAGUAAAAAAUAUCAGCAAAAUUUUUUACUAGACGCGAUUUUCUUUGAACAGUAGGGUCCUUUUAAGCGCUAAUUUCUCAAGAAAUAUUUACCAUCAAUGAAAUUGGAAUAUUUCGUUUUAUUGCGGAAUGAUAUCUGUUGUUUUUUGUAAAGUUUCGCAGCCAUCGCGUUAAAAUCGAAAAAGUUAUGACGGAAAAUUGGUCACAGCUAAAUGCUCUUGUAUUAAUUACGGAGCCACCUUAAAUGAACAGGGUUUUACUGCCUGACUAAGCUACGUUUUUGUAUGGGCCACAAUACUGGUUAUUUCAAUAAAACAAAUCUUUUGGCUAUUCUUUUUUCUAUUCAGGUUUUCAAAAAUUACCACAAAAAUAGAUAUUUGCGUAACGUUAACUUAUUUAUUGUAGUUCAUGAACAAACACCUUGAAUUUGAGUUUUUUUUAUCUCCAUCCAAAAUUCCCACGUGCACAAGCCAAGCAACACGUUGAAGAUUUGCAGCAUUUACAUAUUACCUAACCUCAAAUCACUGUUUUAAAUUAAAACUGAAGCCUAGGAUUCAGUGUUUUGAAAUACAUUGUCUUAACGUUCUACUGACAAAGCAUAGAAGCGGUAGCAGCGUUUGCUUUCUAGGUUUCUAGGCUCGGUGUGGGCACAUAAUUUAGUAGACCUGCUACAAUAAUGCACCGCGGGCUAUGAAACAUGGAUCAUGCAUCAUUCUUCACAGAAGCAACCUUAAUUAAUAGGGGUAUAUAGUUUAUACAGGUCUGUGCCGCGCAACAGGAUAUGGCUUUUUGCCUCUGACUCUGGGAACAGGGGGUAUAAAAUUCACCCUUUAUCACUGAAAGAGAGGUACAUCUUAUUUCAGCUUUACUUUAGAACAGGGUCGCACAUCCUUAAUCUGUGAUUAUUCUCAAUCAAGCUUAGGUGCGAAACUACUCUCUCCUUGUAUUGAAACAGCCACAGGAACAGGGUUUCUGUUUAUACAAUCAUUGUCUGGACCGGAACAGUGUUGCAAAUUCAUCUCUUUUUGUCCGGAACAGGUCCAGAGUCUCAAAGACUCAGUGACACUCCCGCAUAGUUAAUUUUAACACUUUAAGACGGACACCGUUGGAGCGGACACUGACAAGAGCAUGGGAUCCUAUGUCGGCUGUCUGACUGUCUUUGUAAAGGAGUCAGUCUUAUUUUAAAGAGUUGAAUAUAGGGACGAACUGGAGAACGGCGGUUUAACAACACUAGGUGUCAGGUUUUGGAGAGGCGUUGCAUUUUUCACAGAGGUGACCUGAGAUCAGGCUCUAAUUUCGUUUCGCUUUGAAAAUUACAUUCCGGCAGGCAAUUUUAGCGGUAGCCGUUAGAGAGAAUGUAUGAGAACUGCUAAAAUUGGGUCUCAUCUCAGGUUAUCACAGAGGGGACAGUCAAGAUGUAAUCGAUUGCGUCCAUAACGAAGUCAUAGUCAUGAUAUAUGAUAAUCACCAUCAUCAUAACUAUAAAAUAAACGCCAUUCUUUACUAUUCAUCUUUAUUAUCAUUGACAUUGUCACAUCAAACAAUAUUAUAACUGAACAAACUCGUCCCCAGGGCUUUUCCCUUAGAGGAAAGGGAAAAUAAAGCGGCCCUGGGGACGAGGUUGACAACUGAUUCCUUAUGCUUUCAGUUGUGGUUGGCUGUCAAUAUGUCCAAAAUGUAUCCUCGCGUUACCACUGAUACGUCCCUCCCAGAAACAUGAACGAUUUUUUUUCGCAGAAACUUGUGACUCAGUUGACAUCUUUUCGUGACUUUUGGCAAGAUCGUUAUCCUUGGCUGCCAUACCUGGAAGACUACAAGAUGAAAAGCGAAAGGAUGAAGAGUUUCAUCAAAGAAUGUCUGAGAAUCGCCUGGCGAAUGGUAAACUUACUUCCCCCUCUGAAGAUCGUGACGAUAGAUGAAGUUGAAAGCAGAUCGAAAUUAGACGAAUACUUUGUGAAGGAAGUUGAGGAAAAUAAAGAAAAAACACAAACCAUGAACGUCUGUGUUUGGCCAGCUGUCAUGGACUGUUACAACAAUGAAGUUCUGCUAAAAGGAAAAUUAACUUUAAUACCAAGUCCAAAGCCGAGUCAGACGUGUCAAGUGUAA